AUGAAGUGGCAGUCUACUCUAUUCAUUCUUGGUGCCCUUGCCUCCCAGGUGCUAGGUGGCGAAGACACAAUCACCUGUCGCAGUGAGGGACACCCGACUAAUGUCGGAUCCAUCGAAUCUGGAAUUGACUAUCUCAAUAACCACGCUGGUCAGCCUACUGCGGAAGCCGGCAAGUGUAACCGAGUGAGCUGUUCCUGGGGCGGGGGCAUCUAUGUGUGCUCUGAUGACGGCAAGGACCACCCUCUUAAGAGCUGGAAAACUGUAGCAACUGUGGCCGACAAGAUCCUCGACACAUGCAAGGACCGUCACAACAAUGUCAAGGGACGUCUCCAUAGCUCUGAUGGCUGGGGCGUUGUUAUCAGGGACGCACCUUGCUAG